AUGUGGCCGCCGAACCGGCCCGGAUCCCGCGCGCCCUGGCGCUGGGCGCUGGCGCUGCUGGCCCUGGGCGGCCCGGGGCUGUGCCACGCGAGCCCGCAGCCCGGGGACCCCGCGCGGCCCAGCGCCAGGAACAAGAACUGGUGCGCCUACAUCGUGAAUAAGAACGUGAGCUGCACGGUGCAGGAGGGAAGCGAGAGUUUUAUCCAGGCUCAGUACAACUGUGCCUGGAACCAGAUGCCCUGUCCAUCCGCGCUCGUGUAUCGGGUAAGUUUCCGACCCAGAUACGUCACUAGGUACAAGACAGUGACCCAGUUGGAAUGGAGAUGCUGUCCUGGUUUUCGAGGAGCCGACUGCCGAGAAGGCCCCAAAGACCCCAUGAAAAGCCCCCGCCCCACGCCUGCCCGACCUCGAAACAGCGUGAAGAAAGCUACAGAUACGGACCCAAGCCGAACCUCACAGCCCAAGGAGACUUUAUCACCAACAAGUGCAGCAGACCCAGGUCGGAAAGGGGAUCUGAAACAAGAGCCUGAAGGACUCGAGGGGAGGAAGGUGCAGAUGCUUGAGGAGAAGGUUGUCCGACUCACUAGGAUGGUGCUGGACCUCCAGUCCUCCAUGGCAGGCAUGAAAGAGAAUCUCAAGCACGCCAUCCAGGAUGACGCCAGCAAAACACCGGGCUCAUGGCUCGGUCACCUGCCUCCCCAGCCGGCUCCCCACGGGACCACUGUGGGAGCCACCGAGGCCGUGCCGCAACCCAGCGUGCCGGGGGGCAAGGAAUCUGGCAUGAAGGACAUCGAGUCAGAGCUGGCCGAAGUCAAGGAUACCCUGAAGACCAAGAGUGACAAGCUGGAGGAGCUCGAUGGCAAAGUAAAGGGCUACGAAGGACAGCUCAAACAGCUGCAGGAGGCCGCCCAGGGCCCCACGGUGACAAUGACCACCAACGAGCUGUACCAAGCCUACGUGGAUAGUAAGAUAGAUGCCCUGAGGGAAGAGCUCAUGGAAGGCAUGGAUCGAAAGCUGGCGGACCUGAAGAACACGUGUGAGUACAGGCUGGUGGGCCUGCAGCAGCAGUGUGAUGACUAUGGGAGCAGCUACCUGGGGGUGAUAGAGCUGAUAGGGGAGAAAGAAGCGAGUCUCAGGAAAGACAUUGAAGCCCUUCGAACCCGGCUGCGGGAGCCCUCCUCCACCCAGCCCAGCUGCUGCGGCAGUGAGAAGAACAGCGACCUCGGCCAGCAGAUCAAGGCACUGGACCAGAAGAUCGAGAGAGUUGCCGAGGCCACCAGGAUGCUGAAUGGGCGGCUGGACAAUGAGUUUGACCGUCUCGCAGUUCCGGAAACAGACGCGGACUUCGACGCGAGAUGGAACGAGCUGGACGCGAGGAUCAACGUGACGGAGAAGAACGCGGAGGAGCAUUGCUUUUACAUCGAGGAAACCCUCCGGGGGGCCAUCACCGGCGAGGUGGAUGACUUGAAGCGGCUCCUUGAUGAGAGAAUCCACUCCUUGGAAGAUCGCCUAGGGAGUGUUCUCCUGCAGGUGGUCAACGGUUCGGAUGCCCAGGCUGGGCCUCCGGGCUCGGUCCUGCCGGGGCUGCCAGGGUCCGGGCACGAGCAGGUCUGGAUGGAGCUAAGCCACCUCAAGGACAAAGUUCAAGUGGUCGAGGACUUCUGCCUGCAGAACCUGCCUCCGGGCCUAGAAGGCACCUUGCCAAGGGGAGAUGACCACACAGGGGGGAGCCUGAGCCUCUUGGAGUCUCUCAAUGAUACGAUGCAUAGAAGGUUCCAGGAAACCGAUCGCAGCAUCCAGAAGCUUCAAGAAGGUUUCCACUUGCUCUAUUCUUACCUGAAUAGCACCGAGAAAGAGGUGACUCGUCUUCAGAAUGAAGUGGGCGAUGGUAGAGCAGGUGAAAACGGUGAAGCAGGUGGGUUUACGAAGACUGGGGAGCAAGCAAGGACGGUGGGGACCACCAUCCCGUCUCCACAGACCCCUGUGGCCCCGUGCUGUGGCCAGCUGGAAGAGCGGUGGCAGCAGCUGCAGGAGCGGGUGCUGGCUGAGCUGGGCACGUGUAAGGAGAGCACGCACGAGGCGCAGACGGGGUUGUCUGUGGUUGAGAGCAGGGUGUUGCAACUGGAGCAAACGUGCAGCAGGCUGGACUCCAUCUCAGGGGGUCUACAGAGGAUCAAAGAGGGGCUCAGCAAGCACGUGGGCAGCCUCUGGAACUGCGUCCGGCAGAUGAACGGGACGCUCAGGUCGCAUGCCAGGGACAUUUCUGGCCUGAAGAACUCUGUGCAGCAGUUCUAUAGUCAUGUUUUCCAGAUUUCUACUGACUUGCAAGAUCUGGUGAAAUUUCAACCCUCAGGCACAGAGGAGCCCACAGAGGUGCCGCAGACCCCGGCAGAGAAGACCCCGCAGGUCCCCACCAGGCCCCCAACCGAAGAGGCCCCCACCGAGCUGCCUCAGCCAACUCCUCCACCCCCUCCGCCACCUGAGGACCCUACUGGACCACUGCACACGGGCCAGAGGCCUGUGCUGCCCCAGAGGCCCCUACAACCUCCACCACCACCAGCCCGCCCUGGCCGGACAGGACUGCCUUUCCUGCCUGGCUCCACUGGAGUCAUCAUGGAGACGGGCGAAGCCGGGCCUCCGGGGAGGAUGGGUGUGUCUGGACGAGGCCUGCCCCAGGGAGUGGAUGGCCAGAUGGGGCAGAGGCCCAUCCCCAGUGCAGAAGGCUAUGCAGGUGCACCAGGCUACCCUAAAUCACCUCCUCUAGCCUCACCAGGGGCACAAGUGCCAGCCCUGGUGUCCUUUUCCGCUGGGCUCACCCAGAAGCCUUUCCCCAGUGAUGGGGGUGUCGUCCUCUUUAACAAGGUGCUGGUGAACGAUGGGGAUGUUUAUAACCCCAACACUGGCAUCUUCACAGCUCCGUAUGACGGGCGCUAUUUGAUCACGGCCACCCUCACCCCGGAGAGAGACACCUAUGUGGAAGCUGUCCUGUCGGUCUCCAAUGCCAGCAUUGCCCAGCUGCACACAGCUGGGUACAGGCGCGAGUUUCUGGAAUACCACCACCCUCCUGGGGCCGUGCACACUUGUGGGGGGCCGGGGGCCUUCCACCUCAUUGUGCACUUGAAGGCAGGCGAUGGAGUCAACGUUGUGGUGACUGGAGGCAGGCUGGCCCACACAGACUUUGACGAAAUGUACUCCACCUUUAGUGGGGUUUUCUUGUAUCCUUUCUUUUCCCACCUCUAGGGUGGCCAGGAAGUGUGAGGGGGAGGUUGUAAAAAUUCCAAAGCUUUAAUAUAUUCAGUGUAUGUAUGUAACUGGAGCACUGGUCUAGUUUUCGGCAGGCAUCCCUCUCCUUGCCCCCAGGAUGAAGGCCUUGCCUCACUGUUGACGCCACCACCCCUUAAGAGAUCCCAGGCAACAGCAGCAGAGACUUUAACUGUGGCCCCUCGUCAAUCUGUCACUCUUAACUGGAAGACGUGCCCAGCACCCUCAUCUGGAGGCUGCUCCUCCCUGGCAUUCCCCAGGCCUACGCUGCCUGUGGAGGCUUGUGCUGCUUCCGCAUAGGGCUGGCCACUCACGACCACUGCUGGGGGACAGGGAUCAGCGAGGGGCAGGUGGGGGAUGCCGGGGACCUGUAGCUGGCUUCAGCUAGGCUGCCGCGUCUCUUCACACUGCACGCAGGAGAAAGGUUGAAACACUGAAAUGCUGAUUGGGUUUGUCCACUGCCCAGGGACCCAGAGCUUCCACUCUGGGCUGUCGCACACUUGGCUGACAGCUGCUGCCUGGGGCUCACCUCUGCUCACCUGGGUCUGGGCCCUGCUGUGAAGUGGAAUGUACCCAACGUUAUUUAUGACACGUUUUGGGCUCCUUAAAUGACAUGUGCAACUUAAGUGCAAAGAUGGGGAGUGUCAAUAAAGAUGUCAAAACAAA